AUGGCGCCCGCAGAAGCAGAAAAGUCGAGAUUCGUUUUGGCGUAUAGGCAAUUGAAAGAUUUUGCAUUGGGGAAUCAUCCGUUGUCGAAAUAUGCGAGUCCGCUGCUAUUGCUCUUCGAUGCGCUGUUGACAAGUGCUAUUAUUUACAAAGUAUCCUACACAGAAAUCGACUGGAAAGCCUACAUGGAGCAGAUCCAACAGUACGUCGACGGCGAACGAGACUAUACAGUGAUCAAAGGCGGAACAGGACCAUUAGUGUAUCCAGCCGCGCAUGUGUAUAUUUAUUGGAUCUUAUACCAUGUCACGGAUAAAGGAAGGGAUAUCAUGACUGCGCAGAGGAUAUUUGGGGUGUUGUAUCUGGCGACAAUUGCGGUUGUGAUGGCUUGUUAUAGGAGGGCGAAGGCUCCUACGUAUAUACUUCCCAUGCUCGUCCUGUCGAAACGUCUGCAUAGCAUAUUUGUGCUCCGAUUAUUCAACGAUUGCUUCGCGGUGUUCUUUUUAUGGGUUGCUAUUUACGCUUUUCAACGAAAGUUAUGGACUCUAGGGAGUUUGGCAUACAGUUGGGCAUUGGGGAUAAAGAUGUCGGUUCUUCUUGCUCUGCCAGCAAUUGGGGUCGCCUUGUUCUUGAAUCGAGGUGUUCAAGCAAGUCUCAAGCAAGCUUGGCUUAUGGGACAGGUACAAAUCAUCCUCGCUUUUCCUUUCUUAACAACAAAUGCGAGCGGUUAUCUCCAGCGUGCGUUCGAAUUCUCGCGACAAUUCUUAUUCAAAUGGACUGUCAAUUGGAGGUUUGUGGGCGAAGAGACGUUCUUGAGCAGAGAAUUCUCUACCGCAUUACUCAUCGGCCAUGUGAGCGCGCUCCUGCUAUUUAUCACCACGAGAUGGUUGAAACCUGCUGAAAGAUCAAUUACGGAUAUGGUCUCCAAGGCAAUAAAAUUGGAGGAGCCGCUCGGAAACAUGCAGCAUGCUGUAUCAAUUCGUUUAUCGCCGAAAUAUAUCCUAACGACAAUCUUGACAGCCAAUGCCAUAGGCAUGCUAUUCGCCAGAUCCUUACACUACCAGUUCUAUGCAUAUGUUGUAUUGGCAACUCCUUUCCUUCUCUGGCGCAGCGGAUUACAUCCAGUCCUUCAAUAUUCUAUAUGGGCUGCCCAAGAGUGGGCCUGGAAUGUCUAUCCCAGUACUAACGCCAGCUCGAUGGUUGUGGUGGGUGUAUUGUUCAUGACCGUAGUCAGCGUAUGGGUCGGUACUCGCAAGGACUUUGUUAAUCCCAAGGGCGAAGGUGCCGUGAUGAAAUCCAGGACCUGA